CUUUGGAAUAAAAUUGUGUUCAGACUUUUUUAAAAAAAUGUAAAAGUUGGUUCAUUUAAAUUAUUGAAUAAAAAGUCUUUAUGACUUUUUAUUCUCAUUAAGAGAAUGUUGCCGGGUAUCGGUGUUUUUGGAACAGGUAAUCAUGAAUAUAUAUUCAAAUAGGAUUAAGUCGUAAUUUUCAUUCUCAAACAUUGACUACCAUCAAAUAAUAAACUGUUUUAUUUGAUUAAAUUAUUUAUUUUUUAAACCAGUUUAGAUACAUUUUAUAAACCAGAUAUGAAUAAAAGAUUACUAUAAUUUGUAUGUAGUAAUAAAGUAAAACAUGUUUACCUAAUACAUUAAACCUACCUAAUAUUAUAUAAUCCUCUUUAAAUUAUUUAUCUAUGUUUGGUCAAAACAUUAUUCAAGUAUACAUACAUUAAUUUAAAUAAUGUUAAAUGAUUAUCAUUUACAGAUUUUCAAUUUUAAAAAUUAGGUAAACAAAUAAAUUAAAAGAUAGUUGAUUUCAGCUAUAGAAAAUACACAAAUUUAAUUCAUAAUUUUAUUUAAAAGUUUAAAGUUAUAUAAACUAACAUGAUUAAUUUAUUAACAGGUAAAGUUAUUGAAAUUAUCAUACCUUUUUUGCGUGAUAAAGGUUUCAAAGUUGAAGCGCUAUGGGGUCGUACUAUGAAUGAAGCUGAAGAAUCUGCUAAACGUCUUCAAAUACCCUAUUGGACUAACAAAAUUGAUAAUGUACUCUUAAGGAAAGAUGUUGAUCUCAUUUUCAUUGUUUGCUCGCCUAAUCUUCAUGCCCAAAUUGCAGUCAAAGCAUUAGGUAUUGGAAAACAUGUUCUAUGCGAUAAACCAGCAGGUUUGUGUCAGAGUGAAGCCAUCAAAAUGGUACAUGCUGCUCAAUAUUACCCUUCACUUAUAUCAGUUGUUAAUCAUAGCUUAAGAUUUUUACCUGCUUUUGUACAAAUGAAAAAACAAAUUAAUGAAAAUAGAAUUGGAAAUGUAUUUUUAUGUGAUGUAAAAGUACAAAUGGGCCGUUUAUACGGAGAUGGUUAUAACUGGUUAUGUGAUAAAACAAUGGGUGGUGGUGUUUUAACUUUAGUGGGCAGUCAUGUUAUAGACUUGAUUACAUAUUUAACUGACCAAAAGGCUAUCCGUGUACAUGGUAUUGUAAAAACAUUCAAUAAAGAUUUUAAGUGUUUGACUGGUGUAAGACAUGUGACAAGUCCAGACUUUUGUACUUUUCAAAUGGAAAUGGCUGACAAGUCUUUAGUUACAGUUACAUUAAAUAAUCACUUAGCAGGUACUUAUGUCCAAGAAGUACUUAUGUGUGGCACUGAAGGUAAUCUAAUUGUCAAAGGUGGAGACUUGUACAAGGAUAAAGAUGAAGUACUCUAUUUAGAUGUAGAAGAUAUGCAAAAAUCAGAUGCUAUAAAUGUGGUUUCUGCAGAUAUUAUGCCUAGGCCUUGUAUGAAAGGUCUAUUAAAAAUGAUCAGUGCUUUACGUGAGGCAUUUUUACCAGUUGAAGAUAAAAGAGGUUGGGUAAAAGAACCUGUUUCAUCUGCAGCUACUUUUGAAGAUAGCUUAUAUGUCCAAGCAGUGAUUGAUGCUAUACGAGCAUCCAGUGCCAAUAAAGAAUGGGUUAAAGUGGAAGUAAUCACAGAAGAACCAGAUCCCAAUCCUUUAUUGAGUGCUGCUGUGAGAAAAAGCGGCAUGUCCAUGUGAUUUAUACAAAUAUACGAACAGAACAUGAUUUAUUUAUUGGCAUUUUUACUUAAAUAAUUUUUAUUACAUGUUUUAUGAUAAAAAUAUAAUUUGUUUUAUUAACAAGAUCCCAUUUGUAUUAAUUAUAUAAUUUUAAUAAUAUAUUUAACAAAUAAAUAAUAAUUGAUCUAUUCAAUACAAUAAAUAUAUUGCCCAUGGAUUAUAUUUAUCCAUAUGUUUACUUGACUGCAGGAGUAGGAUUUGACUGAAUUUCUGAUACACAACUGA